GAUCAGCACCACAUCUCACUCUGUUUGCUCCAGGAAUAGCACCCGCUAACAGGUCAUAUUAAGCGAGCUUACAAAGACACGAUUUGGCUAUUUUAAUGUUUUAUUUCAAAAUGUAGAAACGCUACCGUUUUGGUAAAGCAGGUUCGAAAGUAAAUCCUCACCUUUGUACUUUUCUCUCCACUUGCCGGUGAACUUUGAGGACAUGUUUUCACCUUUUUACUGCUUUUUAUGUUUCUUCGUGGUGGCCUGCCGCCACCAAGUGAGCGGCCAAGUGGACGACGGUAAGCGGUACAUUUGCCGAGCGGUGCCGCUCAUUGGCGACGCCACCAGCUGCCCGGUGACCUUAUUACCCGAAGCCGGCGCCGGGGGCCAGGAAGAGGAGCUCCGUAACACGGUCAUGCAGCUACGGGAGACCAUUUUGCAGCAGAAAGAAACCAUUUCCAAACAAUUAGGCACCAUCAACGAGCUGACCACUAAACUUUCUCUGUGCGCCUCCACGACUGAUGAUAGAAAGUACGAAAAGGGGGCUUCUUGGGGUAAAGAGAAGCAAAACACCAUGGGGGACGUCCCAAGAGAUCCCAAUGACACUAUUGAGAAUCUGGGGAAAACGAUGCAAGGUCUCAAGGAUCGGCUGGAGAACCUGGAGCAACAGCAGAUGCGGGCCAACAUCUCCGGCGCCCCUUUCCCCAGCGAGUUACGUGACUUGCUGCAGCGUCGCCUGGUCGAGCUGGAGAAACAGCUCCUGAAGAAAGUCAGCAACUUGGAGGAGGAGAAGAGCAUGCUGUCCAACGCCACGGCGGCGUACCGGUUGAAGACCGAAAGCACGCUCAACGCGCUGGUGGAGAGGAUCAGUGAGCUGGAGAAAGGAGGUGAAGACUUCAAGUCCCCCGAGCAGUUCAAACUCUCCCUCCCCCAGCGUACAAACUACUUGUAUGGCCGCAUCACCAAGAGCCUCCCUGAGAUGUACGCGUUCACUCUCUGCAUGUGGAUCAAAUCCGGUGCCACUCCAGGAAUCGGGACGCCGUUCUCCUACGGCGUUCCCGGACAAGCCAAUGAGAUCGUGCUGAUCGAAUGGGGCAAUAAUCCAAUCGAGCUGCUGAUCAAUGAUAAGGUUGCCCAGCUCCCCUUGGAGGUACGGGACGGACGCUGGCACCACAUCUGUAUCUGCUGGACCACAAGGGAUGGUCAGUGGGACGCUUACCAGGAUGGGGAAAAACAAGGCACGGGAGACAAUCUGGCAGCAUGGCACCCCAUCAAACCAGGGGGGGUGAUUAUCCUGGGACAGGAGCAGGAUGUCGUCGGCGGCCGCUUUGAUGCCGGACAGGCGUUUGUGGGCGAACUGAGUCAAGUCAACAUUUGGGACCGUGUCCUGAAGCCAGCGGAGAUCCAGUCUAUGGCCAACUGUACGUCGUACCUGCCCGGCAAUGUGAUCUCGUGGCUAGCGAGCAACGUGGAGGUGUUCGGGAGGGGAGCCUUCAAGAGGCCCCUGGAGGUGUGUCAGGAGCGCCUGCCUAAUACCUAAAAACCCUUACGGUCUUUGCCUUUAUUUUUCAUUAGCGAUCACCAUCUUUGUCUAAGUACUGUGACUGGAAGCUGUGAAAAAAGUAGCAUUUUGAGUGUUGUGUGUAGUUUUACUGUCCGCCCCCAAGCCUUGAGAUGAUGAAAAUGAUGAAAAUGCUCCCCAGCCCCGACUAAUGCAAAUACACGAAGGCUCAGACUGCCUCCUAGUUUGCUGUUGCGUGCCGUGCAAGAGAAAGCAGGAAGGAAGAUUAGCUAAUGUUAUGUCUAUUGCUUAGCCGGGGAAUCGGCUUGGAGCCAAAAUCAAUCACAACAUGUAUCCUGACAUCUCUAGUCUAUGUUUGCACUUUAUUGGUAAACUAAAUUACCCUGUUACUCUUUGCAUGGACACCAGUGAUGCUAAUGAGUCUACAUAUCACAGUGCUUUCCCCCUCCCCUUUUUUGCCUUUUACCUAUGAGCAAAACAAAUAUGUUUAUAGCGACAUCAUUGCAAAACAUUUGUACUUGCUGUUUGUUCUUUAUAUCGAAAUAGCUGAGCUACCGAAAAAGGAUGUAUUUACGGCGUAUGAAUCGUAGUGUCCUGAAUUGUUUUGUAUAGCUUUUUGAUGCUUAUUCAUUCCUGUGGCCUUCAUAGGGACUCAAGUGCCAUUUUUUGUGUUGUAAGCACCAAAAUAACAUCAAGUAUGAAGUAUAAAAUAAAGAUGGCUGCUGUCUAACAAA